UUGUCUCUUCGCAUCUCCACAGAACAAGGACAAAAUGAAAGUGUUGGUGUUAUCGCUAGCAGCAGUGUUACUGCUGCAGUACGCUGACAGCAGAGCUCUACAUGGCAGUGAAAGAGCACACAAGACUACAGAAGCAACAACUACACCAACAACAACAGUGAAAGCUACUACAACUACAGCAGCAACACCAACAGCACCACCAAACAAUGGUGGUAAUGGUAACCAAGGACCACCAAACAAUGGCGGUAAUGGCAACCAAGGACCACCAAACAAUGGCGGUAAUGGCAACCAAGGACCACCAAACAAUGGCGGUAAUGGCAACCAAGGACCACCAAACAAUGGCGGUAAUGGUAACCAAGGACCAAACCAAGGUGGCAACCAGGGACCAAACCAAGGUGGCAACCAAGGACCAAACCAAGGAGGCAACCAAGGACCAAACCAAGGAGGCAACCAAGGACCAAACCAAGGUGGCAACCAAGGACCAAAUCAGGGUGGCAACCAAGGACCAAACCAAGGAGGCAACCAAGGACCAAACCAAGGUGGCAACCAAGGACCAAACCAAGGAGGCAACCAAGGACCAAACCAAGGAGGCAACCAUGGUCCAAACCAAGGAGGCAACCAAGGAGGUAACCAACCAGGAAAUGGAUCGAAUCAAAUUAAAGCACAUAAAACAACUACAGCUGCAACAACUAUUGCUGCUACUACUACAGUCAAAGUUACCACUACCACAGCAGGGCAAGGUUCUCCAAUAGGACCACCAAACAAUGGUGGUAAUGGUAACCAAGGACCACCAAACAAUGGCGGUAAUGGCAACCAAGGACCACCAAACAAUGGCGGUAAUGGUAACCAAGGACCAAACCAAGGUGGCAACCAAGGACCAAACCAAGGAGGCAACCAAGGACCAAACCAAGGAGGCAACCAAGGACCAAACCAAGGAGGCAACCAAGGACCAAACCAAGGAAGCAACCAAGGACCAAACCAAGGCGGUAACCAAGGACCAAACCAAGGUGGCAACCAAGGACCAAACCAAGGAGGCAACCAAGGACCAAACCAAGGAGGCAACCAAGGACCAAACCAAGGAGGCAACCAAGGACCAAACCAAGGCGGUAACCAAGAACCCAACCAAGGAGGUAACCAAGGACCAAACCAAGGAGGCAACCACGGACCAAACCAAGGAGGUAACCAACCAGGAAAUGGAUCGAACCAAAUUAAAGCACAUAAAACAACUACAGCUGCAACAACUAUUGCUGCUACUACUACAGUCAAAGUUACCACAACCACAGCAGGGCAAGGUUCUCCAAUAGGACCACCAAACAAUGGUGGUAAUGGUAACCAAGGACCACCAAACAAUGGCGGUAAUGGUAACCAAGGACCAAACCAAGGUGGCAACCAAGGACCAAACCAAGGUGGCAACCAAGGACCAAACCAAGGAGGCAACCAAGGACCAAACCAAGGAGGCAACCAAGGACCAAACCAAGGAGGCAACCAAGGACCAAACCAAGGUGGCAACCAAGGACCAAAUCAGGGUGGCAACCAAGGACCAAACCAAGGAGGCAACCAAGGACCAAACCAAGGUGGCAACCAAGGACCAAACCAAGGAGGCAACCAAGGACCAAACCAAGGAGGCAACCAUGGUCCAAACCAAGGAGGCAACCAAGGAGGUAACCAACCUGGAAAUGGUUCGAAUCAAAUUAAAGCACAUAAAACAACUACAGCUGCAACAACUAUUGCUGCUACUACUACAGUCAAAGUUACCACAACCACAGCAGGGCAAGGUUCUCCAAUAGGACCACCAAACAAUGGUGGUAAUGGUAACCAAGGACCACCAAACAAUGGCGGUAAUGGUAACCAAGGACCAAACCAAGGUGGCAACCAAGGACCAAACCAAGGAGGGAAUCAAGGACCAAACCAAGGUGGCAACCAAGGACCAAACCAAGGAGGCAACCAAGGACCAAACCAAGGAGGCAACCAAGGACCAAACCAAGGAGGCAACCAAGGACCAAACCAAGGAGGUAACCAAGGACCAAACCAAGGAGGCAACCAAGGACCAAACCAAGGAGGCAACCAAGGACCAAACCAAGGCGGUAACCAAGGACCAAACCAAGGAGGCAACCAAGGACCAAACCAAGGAGGCAACCAAGGACCAAACCAAGGCGGUAACCAAGGACCUAACCAAGGAGGCAACCAAGGACCAAACCAAGGAUAACCAAGGACUAAACCAAGGAGGUAAUCAAGGAGAAAACUUAGGACAUAAUAAAGGUGGCAAUCGAAGCAUAAUUCUGGGAAGUGACUAUAUCUUUAUAACCUGGUGCUUACCAAUUAAUAAAUUAAUGUGGUAAUUAUAAUCUAUAUGGUUUAAUAGGGCACUGACGUAUAUGUACAUUUCUGCAUCUGUCCAAUUUUCUAAUGUGCUUUUUUUGUCAUUAUUUACAAUGAUCUUUUGUUAUGUUGUUUACAUAUUUAUUUGUGAAUAAAUACUUUUUAUAAUUAUUCUUCUAUACAUCAUUAAUUAUUUAAAUGUUAUUUUAUUUUUAGGAAUUUUCUUCCAGAUAUAUUUCCUUGGUUCCAAAUAAGUAUAUUAUUCUUUCUUACUUAAAAUUUGCUUUUAAUUUCUGAAUACCAUUUGCAGUUUUUUUUUUUAAAUUCAAAAGUUGAGAACAGAAAAAUUAUAUUUAAAUUAUUUUAUUGUGAAUAACCUAGAAAUGAUCAACCUAAAACGAUCUUAUCUUUUCACAUAGUGUUGUGUGGCUGAAUGCGUAACCAUAAAUAUUUGCUUGUGUGUAGGUUUAAUAUACAUAUGUUAUACCAGUUGAGUUUUUUGAAAUACAUAAUUUCAUGUUAUAUUUAAGUAACAUAUCUGUGUUUCUUCCUUUUGACGAAUACAACCAUGUCAUUUGACGUGCCCCACACAACUCUAUGGUAAAACUUUAGUUUUAUGCUCCUGUAUUUCCUGUGGUUACUUGAACAAUGAAGUGACUUGUGCCAGAAAAUGCAGCAAAUAAAAAUCGUAGAUUAUAUGGACUGUGAAUGGAGGCAAUCUUACACAUAUACGAAAUAAUAAUCAAAGAAAUACUGAAACUUGCAACGUAUUAUCUAGUAACUCAGUAUAAACUUCCAGUAGUGACAUCUUGAGAAUAAAAUUAUGCAUUAAAAAGUAUUU